AAUGAUUUCAAAUUAACCUGAAGCUGAAAAACUUAAAGAAUUAGGAAAUGAAUAAUUCAAAUUAAGUAAUUUCUAAAAAGCCAUUGAACUCUAUACUGCUGCUCUUGAAAAAGCUACUGGUAAUAAUUAUUUCUAAUACAUUACUAGGAAAUCAAAGACUUGUUUGUUUAUCAAAUAGAGCAUUUGCACAUAUCAAAAUGGAAAACUAUGGGUUAGCUAUCAUAGAUGCUGAUGAGAUAUUAAAAGAGGAUUCUGGAUUCAUUAAGGCUUAUUAUAGAAAAGGUUCAGCUUUUUUAUUAUUGGGUAAGUUUGACGAUGCUAGAAAAGAAUUCAAAAGAGUAACAAAUAUAAUAAAUUUCCAUAGGCUGAUACUCUAACCUAAGGAAAAGAUGCUGAUAUUUAGGCAAAACUCAAAUAAAUCAAAUAGGCAAUCUAUGAAAGAGAAUUUGCAAAAUCUAUAGAAAGACCAGAUGAAGCAAGUGAGCCAAUAGACAUCAGGGACAUUUCUGUAGAACAAGGAUAUGAUGGACCAAGGAUUGAUAAUGAUAUCAGUGAAGUUACACCAGAAUGGUAAUACUUAAUUGAUUAUGAUAAGGUGUGAGAAUUUGAUGAAUCAUUAUAAAGAUCAAAAGAAAUUGCAUAAAAAAUAUGCAGUAAUGAUAUUACAAAAUGUAGGAGAAAUAUUGAAAUCUCAACAAAAUGUAGUUGAAUAUGAUGUUCCUAAGUAAAUAUUUACUUAUAUAUUUUAUAGAGAUCUUGAGUUUACUGUUUGUGGAGAUACACAUGGAUAAUUCUUUGAUCUGUUAAACAUAUUUAAAAUAAAUGGCAAUCCAUCAGUUAAAAGACCUUAUUUAUUCAAUGGAGACUUUGUGGACAGAGGAUCUUGGAGUGUUGAAGUCAUGAUGACACUGUUUGCAUGGAAAGUAUGCAAUCCAGACAUUAUGCAUUUGACAAGAGGAAAUCAUGAAAGUAGAAAUAUGAACAAAUUAUAUGGAUUUGAAGGUGAAGUCAAACAUAAAUAUGAUGAUAAAGUUUAUGAAUUGUUCUAAACAGUUUUCAACUAUUUACCAUUAGCUUAUACUCUAUCCAAAUAAGUAAUGGUUGUUCAUGGAGUAAGAUAAUCUCUUUAAAAAUAUAGGGAUUGUUUUCUAAUGAUGGUGUUACUAUUAGUGAGUUAUAGAAAAUAAAUCGUUUUAGAGAAAUUCCUGAAGGGGGUCCCAUGGCUGAUAUGUUAUGGAGUGAUCCUAUAAAAUAGAAUGGAAGACAUCCAAGUAAAAGAGGUAUUUCUAUUUCUUUUGGACCUGAUAUUGCUCAUAAAUUCUUAAAUGAAAAUGGUUUAUGUAUAAGAGUUAUAUUAAAAUAAAAGCUUUGUUGGUGAGAUCACAUGAGAUGAAGGAUUAAGGAUAUGAAGUAGAAGCAGAUGGCAGAGUCAUUACUAUUUUCUCAGCUCCUAAUUAUUGUGAUCAAAUGAAAAAUAAGGGGGCAUUUAUAAUAUUUAAGGGGGGUGAUAUGAAACCUAAGUUUAUUCAAUUCGAUGCUGUGGUAUUUAUAUUGUUUUAUAAUACAUUUAGGAACAUCCUAAAUUACCUCCUAUGGCUUAUGCUAGAAAUUAUGGAAUGUUUAUGUGAA